CCCGCUGAAUCAAUUUUUGUCAGGACGGACGAUUCGGCUAUAAUCUUCACACCCGAAUUGAUUUUACGGUUCAGAUCACACUGCACCUGGACAAUAGUGUCAGCAAAAGGCCGAUAAGCACAAAAUCAAACACACCUGUUUAGACCGUUUGACUAUCCCGCUGAAUUCCCGGCAUCCCCUUCGUUAUUUUCAAUCCGGUCGAAACCGCAUCACGGUCAACAACUUCGUAUGUUAAUGCGCCAUCUCUCAACCACCCAGUCUCGGCUUCCCUCUUCAUCUACCAGACUCAUCCAGCCUAGGCCGCAACAAUCACUAGGCGCCACUAUCUUAUCCUGUUGACAACUACCAAAGGCAUUUCUCGCCUCAAACAUAUUCCGCAAUAAGUUGAUGGUCCUAUUGGUCAUUCUACAGCGAUUAAAUCUGGUAAACUUGAUAAUUUCACACUUAGGUUUUUCAUACCCCAGUCCAGCUACAGUUCGAUGCACAGUUAGGCCAGUUGUGAAGCAGGAAUCUGCCGAUCUGGCUGCCGACCCAACAUACUCAUUCUUCGAAUCUAUCGGACAGCCUUCAUAUCACUCCACUGGUUCUUUCAAUAUAUAUAAACAGUACAAAGAGUAAGUACCUUGAAAUGCCGAAUUUCAAUAUGGUACGGUCACAACCCAACCGCCCCGCAGCUUCACUUCGUUUCACAUCCCUUCGUUACGAGCAUCAAGCUGUCGUCCUGUCCAUACACCGCCCUCGAGCCGACCACGGUCUUCCAAUCCGGCUACCAAUCUUAACGACCAACGUCGUGCUGGAAAUAAGGGUAGACUACCAACGAAGGGGCCUACCACUCGUCACAAUACUGGGACCGAACAGUAACCAAUUAUACCCUUGCACUCAAUAGGUCAUCACUUUUCGCACCGGACAUUAUUUUGAACUCGAGAUCAUGCGUCACCAUCGGUUGCAACGUGCAAUUUGUCUUCUACUUUUUGGACACACAUCUGGGUACCAAAUUGGGCACUAGCAUACUUGUACUCCUUUGUAUUCGCGAAAUGAUAUAACGUUGCUGGCCCGUGU